UAUUACUCAAGUUAGCAACAUCCAGUUUAGAGUCCAAAGAGACGAAACCUCCAGCAGACAGGGGCACUGGUCAACCGAGACGUCUUCACUGAGCCUCAACUCACAACCACCACACUACAGGGCCGCACACACAGUCUCCAGCAUGCCACACACAAGAGGUCAAGGUACAACUACACGGUGGUGCAGCAGGUACGACAGCGGGCUCUGGACGCUGCAUGCAGACAACAGACCAUCACACGAGAGACCUGGAGCGACCUCUCUCAGUCACAGAGAACCGCACUUGCCGACAGAAUCAUCGUCAAUGAAGAGCACAAGCUGUUAUUCUGCCCUGUUCCCCUGACGUCUAUUGGUCCGUGGAUGAAGGUGCUCUACCUGUUGGGUCCUAAUGGGAAACAGCUCAAGAGCACAGACGA